AGCCACUGUCACCCAUUGACAUUAUAAGCAAACUACCGAUGUGCUCCUUCAAAUAACAGCAUUGGGAUAGGACUUAACUUUCUUCCACUCUUUGUGUCAUCACCUUUACCAGGACGAGUCUCCACACGCGCACCCCUCACGUCACUGCAGAAGGAUCGGAGAUUACAAAAUGGUCUUCUCCGAAUUUCAAAGAAAAGGCAAAAUAAGGCUGUUGGCGCUCUCUUUGACAGAAGUUUGCGGAACCCUUUCCGUUGCGGGCGUACCCGGAUGCGGCCGGCGCGAGCAAAGCUGCCCAUCCUUUCUUUGCUGCUGAGUGGUCGCGUCGCUUUGCGCGGCUUCCAAGUCUCAAUCUGCGUCCCUCACUGGCCGGACUUCAGGCACAAGAGCAAUAGAAGAGGUCUAAAUUCACUUUAAAUUCCUACAUCUGGAAGCAAACAGGACUUUUUGUAUUCUCCAGGACUGGUAUUGGUCAUCUGCCAUCCAUUGAUUUGGAUCAGCAUUUACAUAAGGGAGUGGAUUCUGAGGAAAUACUUUGUUACUGGAAUUUAAACCUGGCAGUUAUCAAGCUGACUCCACCCACCUCAUUCUUAAUGGAUUAGCUCACAGCAGGAGCUCCCAAAGCUGCUUUGCUAUAACAUGGAGUGCAGCGGUGGAGGGAGACAUUCUCUAAGCAACAGACAGAGACGCUGACUUAGUGUACUACAAUUGUAAAGACUCCUCUGAGACUUGAACACUAUCAAUGUGAAGCUGAAGAACAGCAGAGCUAAACAAAAGCUCCCCAAAUCUGAGGACACUGCAUUUGGAGCAAGUCAUGAACAAUUCCUGUUCUCUAAAUUUUACGGAUACCCAGAGAUCCAUUGGAAUUUCAUUUUUGGCUUUCGCCUUCCUUCUUGGAUUUCCAGGGAACCUAUUUGUGGUGUGGACUGUUGUAUUCCAGCUACGGAAACGAUCUGUGACAUCAAUCCUUGUUCUUAAUUUGGCAGCCGCGGAUGCGGUAGUUCUGCUGACUGCUCCUUUCUUUAUUCAUUUCCUAGCAGUCUGUACUUGGGAGUUUGGAGAUGCAUGGUGCAAGACUCUUCAUUACAUGUGCUGUGUCAACAUGUAUGCCAGUGUUUACCUCAUUGCCUUCAUGAGUUUGGAUCGCCUUAUGGGAAUAGCCAAACCCUUCCUAUCGCAGAAGGUGAGAACAAAGUCAAAAGUAUCAAAGGUGAUUUUUCCUCUGUGGGUUGCGGCUUUUCUUUUUUCCCUGCCAAUGGUGUUUUAUCGGAAAGUAUUUAACGUGAAUGGAGCAUUCACUUGCAAGCCUUCUCAUUCACAUUAUAAGGAUGAGAUUUUUCAAUACCUGUUUGAAACUCUUUUAUGCUUUGUAAUUCCUUUCAGCAUUAUGGUAGGAAGUUACAUUCAUAUAAGCCGUAAGCUGAAGAAUGGAAGAUUUCAAAUACGAUCCCGAAAGAGAGUCAAUAGACUAAUUGUGUUGAUUGUUAUUUCUUUUGCCAUGUUUUGGAUGCCUUAUAAUAUGAUCAACAUUGUUCAGGUGACUGGACAUCUGGUCGAUAAACCACUUAGUGACACACUUUUAACAGCUUCCAAAAAGCUGCGUCCUGUCGUGACUGCCUUUGCCUUCAUUAGCAGCAGCAUUAACCCAAUUCUUUAUACAUUUGCUGGAAGUGCCUUCAUCAGGACUUCAGGGAUGAAGUUUAUUGCCAGACUCCUUGAGGGCAAUACUGAGGUAAAUAGCGUAAAGAAAUCUGCCAAGCCAAAUGAGGAUAAAAACAAAAAAGCAACAAAUGGGGGUUCUGUAAUCCUUCACCAAAUCCAAGUCAGUGAGAUGAAAAAUGUUACCACAGAAUCAGCUGAAAAAAAGUGAAGAUUAUUGCUGCCAUUAGUUUGUGUGAAACAAAUUAUGAAAAGAAUGAUAACACGUGCAAAAAGACCAGUUUCAGUAAAUAAAUGACUUUUUUCAUGAACAAACUUAAUGUCAUAUAAAGAAAAUUUGUGACUGUGAUGCAUUCUUAUGCACAACAAAUGGUUUUCCUAAAUGUAAGAGAUGUUGUCAUAUGUAAUCCACUGUAAUUUAAAAAAGUGGUUGAGGCUUUCAACCUCAGCAAUAAUGAAAGCAUUUCCGAAGUGGUUUAAUUGUGAAUCAUGUAUUUAUUAAGAGAAAAUGAAGUUGAGGUAUUUUUAUGCUCUCGUCCAUAAAUGGUUUCUUUACAGCUCUUUAGCCAUAUAUUUAAAUGCCGUCCAGUUCUGACUGUACAUAUUCUUGAGUUUCAAUUUGUGUUCUCUGGGCCUUCUUUUUAAGUUACAUUGUAGUUUUCUGACUGUUAAGGUAUGUGUGACCUACAGUAUACUACAAUGAACAGACAGGAUUAGCAGUGCUCAUUGUUAUCUACCCAGCCAUUUUUAUAACUUGAGUUUAUUCUUAUAAAGUGCGCUUCCACUUUUAUUUUACUCAGUUAUAAAAAUGAAUUCAUUAUGGAGUGAAGCUAUAACAUUGUGGAGACUAAGGAUAACAGUGCACACUGAGAUAUCAAGCUAUCACUGAUUCACAUUAUGUCUGCAUUAUUCAUUUUGUUUUGUGUUUUACUUGCAUAAUAUUUUGUUUUAAUUGCUACUUUUUUAAUUAUUAGAAUAGAACAUACGUUAUUUAAUUGUUAAGUGUGUUUUCUAAGAAUAUUACAAAACAGCUUAGCAGGCAACAAGAGUAAACUAGCCCUCCACCCAUUUUCCGAAGCUGGAUAAAGGAAAAAAGUGCAAACUCUGCACAGUCCGAGUCAAGGCCAAGACCUAAUACUCCACUGACUUUCUUUCAGACUAUUCAGAGCUGCGGGUUGUGACGUUUCACCUUCCCAUUUCAAGGCGUUCACUUGGGUUCAUGUGGGCCAAACUAUUUGGAAAAAUGCAAAGUUGGUAUUGACUUGUUACUUGGUUUGCAAAAAAAAAAAGAUAUGCAGGAAGUGGAAAAUACACAGCACAAUAAAUGUAUUAAAUGUGUAUCACUUCACUGUAAUGCAAUUAGAUGAAAAAAGGCAUUUCUGGCUGAUCAGGUUAUGUUUUAUUUACUAACUUAAUAAAACAAUAAGGUUUAAGGUGUAAAAGAAAAAAAAACAAAAAGUUUUACAGGAAAUGGAAAAUAAACAGCAAAAUAAAUAUAUUAAAUGAGUAUCACUUCGCUGUAAUGCAAUUAGAUGAAAAAAGGCAUUUCUGGCUGACCAGGUUAUGUUUUAUCUACUGACUAAAUAAAAUGAUACGGUCGGUGUGUCCAGUCUCUCUAAGCAAUCUGAUUGGUCAGUUUGGCUUUGGUGGCGCAACAAAAGAGGAGUAAAGGCAUAUGAGUCACACAGGGAAAGUCACCUUCAAAGAUGGAAAAUAUAAAACCAGAGAGGAGACGAUCAAAUAAUGAAAAAGUAUGAGAAGCAGGCUUUACGGGAGCGCGCUCAACAGAGUGAGCACCGGUGAAUAAGGAGGACAGGCACUGAAGGUGCACGUGGGGCAAGAGAUAAAUAUUUUUCAAUUAUUCUGUUACCUCUCUGCGACAGGUACCAUGGCUAGUUUUAUAUAAUUGAAUAAAAAGAAAGGUCA